AAGCCGUCUUCGUCUAUAUAAGCAAUUUCAGUUUCCUAUACUGACUGCAUCCCCAACUUAUGCUUUUCAUGGCUGCUUGAGUUUAUCCAAAACAGCCUUACACAACCCCAAACAACCUUUAAAACUCUCUAUCUCUUGCUCUUGAGGUGAAGAGAGAUGGCUGGUCUAAACGCGGAGAAGGAUUGCAAUCCCAGCAGCCAACCUCCUGCAGAGAAAACACUUGCAGAUUUUGAUCCUCCGAAGAAGCCCAAGAGAAACAAGUUUGCUCUUGUUUGUGCAAUCUUGGCUUCCACGACUUCAAUUUUACUUGGUUAUGAUAUUGGAGUAAUGAGUGGAGCAGCUAUCUACAUCAAGGACCAACUGAAAAUCUCAGAUACUCAAGUAGAAAUCCUGGUGGGUAUGCUUAACAUAUACUCACUUGUGGGCUCAGCCGCAGCUGGCCGGACCUCCGACUGGAUAGGCCGCCGGUAUACUAUCGUGGUGGCUGGAGGUAUUUUCUUCGUCGGAGCUCUCCUAAUGGGAUUCGCCACCAACUAUGCCUUCCUCAUGGUUGGCCGGUUCGUGGCGGGUGUCGGGGUAGGCUAUGGACUGAUGAUUGCUCCAGUUUACACAGCCGAGGUCUCUCCAGCAUCCUCUCGUGGGUUCCUCACCUCACUCCCAGACUUCUUCAUCAAUGCAGGGAUUUUGUUAGGCUACGUCUCUAAUUUUGCAUUUUCCAAGCUCCCAGCUCACUUGGGGUGGAGAUUCAUGCUUGGAAUUGGUGCAAUCCCUUCAUUUAUCCUUGCUGUGAUUGUUCUAGCCAUGCCCGAGUCACCUCGUUGGUUAGUCCUCCAGGGUAGACUCGGUGAGGCCAAGCGAGUUCUGGACAAGACCUCCAAUUCCAAAGAAGAAGCUCAAGCAAGACUAGCGGAUAUAAAAGUAGCAGCAGGUAUUCCUCAAGACUGCAAUGACGACGUCGUUCAAGUGGUAAAAAAAACGCAUGGCGAAGGUGUAUGGCGAGAAUUACUCCUUCAUCCUACACGGUCGGUUCGUCAUAUCUUAGUUUGCGGAAUCGGCAUCCAUUUCUUUCAGCAAGCAUCAGGAGUAGACGCUGUCGUUUUAUACAGCCCAAGGAUUUUUGAGAAGGCUGGGAUCACAUCAGACAAUGGCAAGUUACUGGCGACCAUAGCCGUUGGAUUCGUGAAAACAAGCUUCAUUUUAGUGGUGACAUUUUUGCUCGACAGAGUCGGACGGCGAUCUUUGCUUUUAAGUAGUUUAGUAGGGGUGAUAUUUUCAUUAGCAGCGCUUGGAUUUUCAUUGACAAUCAUUGAUCAUUCGCACGAGAAAAUAACGUGGGCUGUUGUGCUGUGCAUAACGACGGUAUUAACGUACGUGGCGUUCUUCUCAAUAGGGAUAGGCCCUGUAACAUGGGUAUACAACUCUGAGAUAUUCCCGCUGAGGCUUCGUGCGCAAGGAGCGAGCUUGGGAGUGGCAGUGAACAGAGUAACGAGUGGGGUCGUAUCUACGACUUUUAUUUCAUUGUACAAAGGUAUAACCAUAGGUGGGGCCUUCUUCUUAUACAUGGCAAUUGCAACGAUGGCUUGGAUAUUCAUUUUUAUAUAUUUGCCAGAGACGAAGGGGAGGACAUUGGAGAAUAUGGAGGUCCUUUUUGGUAAUUUUACUGAGUGGAGGUCUGCUUUGAAGGAGAAUAAAUUGAAGGAGAGGCAAGAAAGUAACGGUGUUGAAACUGAAAGUAACACUCAAACUCAAUUGGCUGUUUCUUCUGUUGCCACAACUGUGGCUUAGAUUUAGGGUACUUUGGUAAAUCUGCCAAAUUUAAAAUUUUAGAUUAGUUUUUUUUUUUUUUUUUUUAACUUGCUUCUACGCUUUGUAGUUUGGAGUUUAGGAUGGGCUUAUGCAAUCUAAUAUUAGAGGUAGAAAUGGAAAGUUUGUGUGCAUGAAAAUAAAAAAGCAAAUAGCAAUUAAGAAAAGGAGAAAUUACUAAAGCGUGCUUUAUGCUUUUGCGCAAUUUAACUUCAUAAUGGUAUUUUGUCAAA